GGCGGGGGGAGGAGAAAGGGGCGGGAGCCGAGGGGAUUGCUCCAGACCCGGCGACGACUGGGUUGUCAUGGAGCCGCGGGCCCGUGCCGGCGCAUGCGCCACCUGACCCGCAGGCUGUGCUUGGAGUGGCGACCCCGACCCCGGCCCGAGGCUGUACUGUUGAACUUCCUGGCCGUCCAGUAGAGAGAUGUUGUUUUUGCGUAGUGCUGUACAAGAUGUGACAGUGCCAUUGUUUAUCUUCUGUGCACCGAGGACUAAACCUGUGACCUGUGAACGGGGCAACCCAGAUGAAAGAGUCCUAGUGAACUCACUUACAGCCCAAAAAACAUGGAGAGGAAAACCCCGUCCAGAGAGAGCCCCAGAAGACUCUCGGCCAAACUGGGCAAAGGCACGGAGAUGAAAAAAGUGGCUCGUCAGCUCGGCACGGCAGCGGCCGAGUCAGACAAGGACUCUGGAUUCUCAGAUGGGAGUUCGGAGUGUCUGAGCUCGGCGGAGCAAAUGGAGUCCGAGGACAUGCUGAGCGCCUUAGGCUGGAGCCGGGAAGACCGGCCAAGACUGAACUCCAAGGCUGCGAGCGGUGCCUUCCCCACUCUGUCCCCCAUGGUCGUCAUGAAGAACGUGCUGGUCAAACAGGGCAGCAGCUCAUCCCAGCUCCAGUCAUGGACCGUCCAGCCCUCCUUCGAGGUGAUCUCGGCACAGCCACAGCUCCUGUUCCUUCACCCGCCUGUGCCAUCGCCUGUCAGCCCAUGCCACGCUGGCGAGAAAAGGUCCGACUCCAAGAACUACUUGCCCAUUCUGAAUUCUUACACCAAAAUAGCCCCACACCCAGGCAAAAGGGGCCUCUCCCUCAGCCCAAAAGAGAAAGAUCGUGGAACGCAGAAGAAAAUCUGUACUGAGAGACCUGGGCUGAGCCUGCUCGCCAGUGAGCCCACCAAGACAGGUGCUGUGUCAUCCAGUCCCCCGACUGCAGCACCCCCCAGUGCCAAGCUGGUGGAGGACUCAGCUCUGCAGGGUGUGCCCUCCCUCGUGGCAGGCGGAAGUCCACAGACUCUUCAGCCCGUGUCCAGCAGCCAUGUUGCUAAAGCUCCCAGCUUGACCUUUGCUUCCCCCGCCAGUCCUGUCUGCGCAUCAGACAGCACUCUGCAUGGGGUAGAGAGCACCUCCCCCCUGUCACCGCUGUCAGCUAAUUAUAGCUCACCUUUGUGGGCCGCAGAGCACCUCUGCCACAGCCCAGAUCUCUUCUCAGAGCAGCUGCCCAGCAAACACAGGCGCUUUCAGAACACCCUGGUAGUCCUGCACAAGUCCGGCUUGCUGGAGAUCACUUUGAAAACCAAGGAGCUGAUUCGUCAGAACCAGGCAACACAGGUGGAGCUAGACCAGCUAAAGGAGCAGACCCAGCUGUUUAUAGAGGCCGCCAAGAGCAGGGCUCCUCAGGCUUGGGCCAGGCUGCAGGCAUCGCUAACCCUGGGGGCUAGUCAUGCUGGCGGUGACCUAGAAGCAUUCUCUGAUCACCCAGACAUAUAGCACAGAAGGCAGACUUUCCUGUUACUUGAAUGGUUCUUUUUAACUCUCUUGCUGUUACCUUACUCCUGUUUCCCAAAGCUUAUGUAAAGUCUUUUCCUUCUACUCUUAAACUGUUCAACAGUUCA